AUGGAUUUCGAAGCUGUUCUUACUCUCAAGACGCCCGGCGACGAUCUGAGCGACCCGGGCCUGUUUAGACCGCGGUCACUGAAGCACAGACGGCCCGACAAGGAGCCGGCGGCCGACAACGCUGUGUUUUUCUCGAAAUCCGACACUUUCAAGUCGUUUUCUGUGAACGACCCGAUGGACAACUAUUUCAGCCUGGCGGAGCGCAAAAACGACAACUUCUUCACGAGCAACGACGACUCGUUCACCGAGCAGUCGAUCACGCCGACAAAGCACCCCGUGAUGUCGCGGUUCGGCACCACGACACGGGUCCCGAGCCUCAGGUACGACCUGGCGCCUCCGCGGUUUCCCGGCCUGGACACGCCGUUCCCGCCGGUGGCGAGAAACACGCGCGCCUCGUCGUUUGCCGUGCAGUCGUUCCCGUUCAUGGAACGAGUGCCUCUGCGGCCGCCCUUGCAACCGCCGGUGCCGGCGGCAGACUCGCCGCGUCCGGCGUCCAAACAGGGGCUGUCUGCUCCACUUGAGAGCAGCAAGAGCGUCCGACACCGGCGCAAGAGCGUGUCGCUGUUCCUGACCCAGCUGUUUGACAAGUUCUCGCAGAAAAAAGACGAGGCUCCCAAGAGCGCGCGGUCGAUCAAGUCGGUCAAGAGCUACAAUUUCCUCAACCAGAGCGCGGACAUUUACAACGAGAUCAUCGACGACUACAACGACGCGUCGAACCUCGAGCGCGGCCGACGUGUCGUUUGGGUCGGAGCUGCGGUCGUUCGAGCACAGCUGCUACAGACCGGACAAGGAGCUGCUGCCGACGGCGACGAUCUUCGACGAGGCGACGAGCACGCCGUUUUUCAAGGACAUGGCCGAGCAGGACGACGCGGCGAGCUCUGUGAACACCAAGACGACGACUCUGCGCCGGCUGCGGGCCGACCUGGACCGGUGGUGGAGGCGCAAGACGAUGAGCCGGUCGCGCAGAAGAGAGACCCUGGAGCUGGCAGCGGGGGUCCAGCCGGGCACCGCGGAGCUCGUGUUCGAGGCCACGAGCACGCCGCUCAAGGACAAGGAGCAGCAGGAGGUGCUAAUGACGCGGGACAAGUUUGGCCGCGUGGUGCGCAACGUGAUAGAGACGCGGAUCCUCGUGGUGGAGAACGAGCCCAACAUGGACGAGAUGCUGAAGCAGGGCAGCUCUGCGCCGGAGUGGCUGAAGGCAGACCUGCUGAACUUGGUGCAGAACGGCAACCUGCGGAUCUUCAAGGAAAAGAGCGGCCGCAACUUCAUCACGGUGGAGGUCACAGAGCUUCCUGA